AUGGAAGCAAAAUGGCUAUUAAUUACCUCGGCUUUUACUCAAUUGUUCGGUUACUCAAUCCAACUGGAUCAAACCAGCAACUGCAAAAGCACCCGCAACAAAAUAAAGAUGAUGAAGAAAGAGGAAUUCCCAAGUGGGUUUCAAGUUCCUCUUCACUAUCCUAAAUUCUCCAAGUCUGAUUAUGAAGCUAUGGAUGAUCUCAAGCUUGACUUGCUCCUCAAACAAUAUGGAUUCUCCUUCGAAGGAUCUCUUGAUGAGAAGAGGGUAUUUGCUAUUGAAUCAUUUCUCUGGCCCGAUCAGCUCUAG